AUGCAAGGAGAGAAAACGACUUUGCUGAGUGGUCGGAGUACUGAGGACGAUCAAAGCCCUAGCUCCAACGUGGUCAAGAUCGUCCUCUUUACCCUGACUGGCGCCAUCAUUGCCUUCUUUGGAGCAAUCGCCCUCGUCGGGGCACUUCGAGUAUAUCGCCAUCCAGAACGAUACAUUCCACAAAAUACAGCUGGCCAGUCGAUGAGAAAUCGAGCAAAAGGAAUCACUCGCGCCAUCCUAGACACCAUUCCUAUUGUCCGAUUUACCGAGAAAACGAAUACUGAACUUGAGUCAGUUGAGCUGGGGAAUGCGAAAAAAGCCAAUCAAAUCCACGAACAUGUCGCAGGUCAAAUGCCCAAAUGCAGUGGUGAUGACUCAAGCAGUGCUACCCUCACAGAAUUGAAUGGUGCUCCUGUCCUCGAUGGAGAAAGAGGUCUGAGGUGCUCAAUCUGCACCGAAGAUUUCAGCAUUGGAGAACAGGUCCGACUUUUGCCAUGUUCUCACAAAUACCAUCCUGCAUGCAUCGAUCCCUGGCUGCUGAAUGGUAGACUGAAUCUCAUCGACCUGAGGAUAUUCCGCGAGUAUGAAAAGGGUCUCGACUUCCCACAGAGCAUCGGGCGUGCAGGAGUCAAGAUACGUCGUAAAGGCCCUAUGCUGAGCAUCACCAUCGACAUGUGUAAAGGAUGGGCUCUCCUGCUGUGGUCCACGUUGGCGUCUGUGCUCGUCGCCGACCCAACAUUUACCGGCUUUCCUCCAUGUGAUGCCUUGAUCGCUGCGGGCCUGGGCGACAGGUUGAUUCGUGUAGGGACCGAGGCUUACGAACAACACCUGGAAAGUUAUUUCUGUGCCAACGGACGUCUACACCCUUACUGCUUUGUACUGCCACAUACCGCAGAGGAGGUUGCUACCACUGUCAAAGCGCUGGCCAGUAAUGGCUCCGGAUCAGGGAGUUGGCACAUCGCCGUACGAAGUGGAGGACACCAUCUCCCAGCAACCAACAACAUUGAGGAUGGGGUUACCAUCGAUCUCAGCUUGAUGAACGGGGCAAAGUACAAUGCCACAACUAACAUUGCAAGUGUCCAGCCGGGUGGUAGAUGGAAAGACGUCUACACGACUCUCCUCAACAAUGGCAAUGUGACGGUGGUCGGUGGGCGUGAUGGAAACGUCGGGGUGGGCGGGUUCCUCCUCGGUGGCGGCAUGUCGUAUUAUACACCGCGUUAUGGCUUGGCCGUCAACACAGUUGCUGGGUUCCAAGUCGUGCUCGCAGAUGGGAGCAUCGUGGAAGCGACAGCCACAGAGAACGCGGACCUCUGGAAAGCCCUGCGAGGGGGCGGACUCAAUUUCGGCAUCGUCACCCGUUUCGACAUGGAAGCCAUGCUGGCAGUUGAUCUGGUGUCAGGCACCUCCAUGAUUACAGCUGACCAUUUCGACGAAGCAGCGGACGCCUUUGUUGAUUUCACAAACCAGAUGGAGCACCAUCGGGACGACACCAUGCUCAUCAUCCAUACCCAUGACUCCUCUAUAUGGGAUGGUCCGUUCAUCCUCCCUCUGCGAGUCAAUACGAAGGGUGACCUGAGCACCACAGCCUUUGACAAAGUCACUCAAAUACCUUCCGUGGCGCAAACCUGGGAGCAAAAAUCGCUUGCUGCUGCUGCCAACGGGGUCCAGGCUGCUUAUGGAACGAAGAAUGCAUACAUGACUCUGACUUUUGUCAACGAGCCGUCGGUCGUGCGCAAGGCUUUCUCUUUACAUGACCAACUGGCCUCUAAUAUUGCAAAGAAGGUCGGGUCUGAAAACUUUAUGGCAUCCUCGGUUCUUCAGCCAUUUCCUACCUAUCUGAGCAAUCUUGGUCUCCGCAACGGCAGCGUGGGCCACAAGGCUGGAUCCGAAAACGGUACAAUGCCACUGGACCUUUCAUUCUCGUCUGGACACCAAGCUCAUCUCGGCCUCUACCACGAGAUCAUGAGCAACGUGCUCGGAAUCGAACGGAACGGCGUCAACGCCGUCGUGUGGACUGUAUUCGUCGCCAUCAAAAACGGCCAGGACGCGGCCCUGUCGGUGGCCAGAUCAGAGCUGAUGCUCAUGACUCGUGAGAUGAAGCGAUUCCAAACCUCGGACGGCAAGGCCGCGACAGUGGAUUACCUGUACGCAAACUACGCAGACAUGACCCAGGAUCCCUUGGGGAGUUACGGCCCGGAAAACGUAGCCUUCAUGAAAGAAGUGGCGCGAAAGUACGAUCCCGAGGGGUUCUGGCAGAAGAGGGUACCGGGGGGGUUCAAGAUCUCGCGAGUGGCCGGAUAA